AAUGCGAAAUUGAGAACACGAAUCGAUGCUGUGGACGACAAGAUCGACGCUAUCAAUAGUGGUACUGAUGCCAAGCUAGAUGCCAGAUUCAAUGCAUUCGCUGCAAAGUACUUCGCCACAUAUGAAACCGCCAAUUCCAAGAAUCCACCACCAAUUGAUUCAUCAAACGAUUCAAACCCUGAGAGAGGGCUUCUUGGUACUACACCCCCGACGUUAAUGGAUCCGUCGGGAAGUCAACACCGUGAUCGGGCACCAGAAAUCAUUAUCGUGGAUAAACCACCUGUGCUACAAGAAGCUAACAAGGAAAGACGAUGA